AUGGAGGUGAGGGAGGCCUGGCCGCCUGCUUGGAGCCGAGCUGAUAGGCGAGGAGCUUCGUGGAUAGUACCUUCGGAGGUGAUGGGCAUUCCGUUGUCUUGGAACUUACUUCCCUUAAAAGAUGAUGUCGGGAUCGUCUUCCAUGACUGGUGUAAAUGUCUGUCAGAAAGCCUGUUGCCAGAAAUGUUGGAUUUCAUGCGAGAACUUAGGAAGGUUGUAACAGUGGGCAUUGUGGAAGGGUCUGACCUUUCUAAGAUAACAGAGCAGCUUGGGAAGACAGCUGUGUACUUUUUGCUUAUAGAAAAUAUAAUUCCAAAUAGCUUGAAGACAUUUCUUGGAGAAGAGAAGCUGAAAGAAUUUAUCAAUUUUACACUUCAUUAUAUCGCAGACUUGGACAUACCGAUAAACCGCAUUUCGCUUAAAGGGGGUACAUUUAUAGAGUUCUGAAGUGGGAUGCUUAAUGUAUCACCACUGGGGCGAAACUAUAGCCAAGAAGAAAGGGAUGAAUUUGAAAGAUAUGACAAGGUUCAGAACACACGCCCAAAAAUGGUAUCCGUCCUUCGUGAGAAGUUUGCUCACCUUAACCUGACAUUUUCCAUAGGAGGACAGAUAAGCUUUGAUGUUUUCCCUCCAGGUUGGGACAAGACAUACUGCUUGAGAUACCUAGAGGACUUUCAAGAAAUUCAUUUCUUUGGUGACAAAACUUACAAGGGAGGAAAUGACCACGAAAUUUAUGAAUCUGAACGAACCGUAGCUCAUACAGUUAUCAGCCCUGAAGAUACAGCCAAGCAGUGCAAAGCCGUUUUCCUGAGCCCCCGAUAUUGUUCCAACUUUUCGGUUUUGUAUUAUACGCCAUUUUCAAACAAGAAUAAGUUAUAUGCCAUUUGUAAUUCUGUAAUUGAGAAUAAAUGUUAA